GUGUUGAAUUACAGGCUAAGCAUUUCUAAGGUGGUCAGUCACCAAAAGCACUAGUCUCUCCUCUGCCAUGUCAGUCCUUGCUUCCACAAGGUAGGGCACCUAUCAGGUCUGGUAGGAUACCACCCUCCCACAGCCACUGAGUACCAUUGCCAUUGGCCAGGGCCAGAUAACCUGAGUUCAGCAAACCCAUUGCCUGGACCAUUUGAGAAAGUAAAAGCCAGAGAUUGGAUCAUGAAGACUUUUGCAAAUAUAGUAUUGGGGCUUUUUAUUGUGGAGGUAGUAAUAGCAGCUCCGUCAAGGCAAGGAAGACAGGCCCCAGGCUAUGACACAUAUGAUGCUUCAAACUAUGACGUGGAUUUAGAAAACCUCAAUGUGGAAAACCAAGACAUCUAUGACUAUGAUGAUGGACUUACCAUUGAUGAACCUCAGAUUGAGAUUGGCACCCUGCCGCCCAUUGUAGACAGCCGUCGGCAGACAAUCGCUUCCCAGGAAGAGGAGGAAGAGGAGCUCCCUCUUAAACCCCUGAACCCAGCCCAGAGCUCAGGUGGUUCAGGGCUCUUGGGCCCAGACACACAGGCAGGCUUGCCCACCUGCCUGCUGUGCACCUGCCUUGGUGGCUCAGUUUACUGUGACGAUGUGAAGCUGGACACAGUGCCUCCUCUUCCCAAAGAGACCACUCAUUUCUAUGCUCGCUACAACAAGAUCAAGAAAAUCAAUAAGUCUGAUUUUGCAGAGAUGAAUAAGCUAAAGAGGAUCGACGUGACAAGCAAUGAGAUUUCUGAGAUUGACGAGGAUGCCUUCCGGACUCUGCCUGCCCUGCAGGAGCUGGUGGUGCGGGAGAACAAGGUGCGCCAGCUGCCUGAGCUUCCCAACGCCAUGACUCUGAUCGACGCCAGCCACAACAAGCUAGGCAGCAAUGGACUCAAACGCGAAGCCUUCAAGGAAAUGCACAACCUGCUGUACCUGUACCUCACUGACAACAACCUGGACCACGUCCCUCUGCCCUUGCCUCAAACCCUGCGCUCUCUUCAUCUCCAGAACAACAACAUCCAGAUGCUGCAUGAAGACACAUUCUGCAACUUGAAAGACGUCAAUUAUAUUCGCAAGGCUCUUGAGGACAUCCGAUUGGAUGGCAAUCCCAUCAACCUCAGCAAAACACCACAUGCCUAUAUAUGCCUGCCCCGUGUGCCUACUGGCCGACUUUACUAAACGUACACAAACAAACAGGAAGAAACAUCAGAUGUAUACGAAGGCCCUUUUUCACAACAUAAGGGUCAAACAAAGGUUAAGCCUAUAGUCACAAACACACAACUAAGGCAUUAGAGGCAGAACUACUCUCUGAAAGCUGACAGGGUGUUUUUGUUUUGUUUUGUUUUUAUUUACAGUGAUCAUAUUUCUUUUUAAGAGAAUACUCUUUAGGUACAGCAAAAACAGAAAUACAGUACAUUUUGUUUGAUGUUUAGUAAAAAAUGUAAUUAAUUCACAGUGUAUGGGAUAUUUACUAAAAUAUUAUACAAGGUUACACAAUUUAAAAAUAUAUAUACUUGCAAUAAAAGCAGAAUUAUGUAAAAAAAAACUUUUUUUAUUUUCUUUUAUAAAGGCUAUAUAAUAAAUUGUACAAGUUGAAGAAAGAAAUCAAAAUCUUAAUGAACUGGAGUUAUAGUUAUAUUUUAUUUUAUACAAGCUGAUUUUAUAGGUGCAAACAUACAGCAGCUGUGAUCUUGGUAGGCAUUUCAAGCUACUGUCUAAUUAAUGGGUAUUUGGCAGCGGGUGGGUUGAGGGGAUUUGGUAGCUAUGACCUUUUGUGCUUUGUAACUAUUGCUAUACUAUAUUAAUGUUUUGAGGUUGAAUAAAGUUGUGUAUGAAAGACCUUUCCAAUACAUGAA